UUCUUUUGAUCGAAAUAUCUUUCGACUUGAUAUCCGUUUCUUAUCCACCCGCUCACGUUCCCCAGUUCACACUCUCAGCCACUCGCUCAUGGCUCUAGCUACGGUAGUCCACGGCGGUGAUGGGGGUGGCAGGAUCUUCCACACCACCACCACCGCCACCACCACCGUCCCAAUUCGCCACCUCCUCUUCCCCCUCACGCCCAGAAGAACCGUCCACAUAGCCUCGGCCAAGAAGCUUCCCUCGAGAACCGGCAAAUUCGACAGCAAGAACCGGAGGAGCACCGCCACCACCACCACCGAGGACCAGGAGGACGGCGAAGAUUACGGCCAAGGCCAAGGGACGGCCGAGGUCGAGAGGGUCGGGCCCGAGAGCAGCGCCAUGGGGAGCUCCGGCGUCGCCGGCGACGACGGGUAUUUCCUGCCGGAGCUUCCUGGGGACAAGCCUGAUUUCUGGGAGGGCCCUCAGUGGGACGCUCUCGGGUUCUUCGUGCAGUAUAUGUGGGCUUUCGGCAUCGGUUUCGCGUUGAUUGCGUGUGGCAUUGCCGUCACAACAUACAAUGAAGGAGCUACAGACUUUAAGGAUACACCAGCCUACAAGGAGUCGGUCCAAUCGCGGGAGUUCCUGGAAGAACCCGACGCUAACUCAGAUGUGUUCGAGUCCAAUCCGACUGAGGUGGCCCCCAGCUUGGAAUGAAUAGGCACACGCCAUUGAAUGGAUCUUGUAUGGAUCAUAUAAGUCUCAGACAGAGAAACAAACCAGAAAGAAGGGACCUUUUCUCCAUUUAGAGGAAGUUACUGUAAUUUCCUUCUGUCAGUGUGAUUCAAAUACUUUAGUUUCCGGAAUGGAUAUAAUGUUCUUCAAGCACGAGCUGAAAACCGAGGACCCCAUACAUGAAUCGCUGUUGUCCACGGACUGGUUACUUUUGAUUGCCCUCGAUAUGCAAUCGCUUGAAUCUCUUUCCACAA